ACGUGCAAUAAGUCUCGCAAGUGAGCGGUAAGUAUUUAGGGCUCUCCUUCCGGCCGUACAGCUGAGCCCCUUCCAACGAUCACCGCGGCCUGCCGUGAACCCUGAGAAACGAUGUGGUGUAGGCUUGUGUUGGCCCUCUUUGCAUUCUUCACAGGCUUCACUGCAGUCAGAAGCCAUAUCCUGAUACCCGGUGGCGGCUACUUCCCAGACACGGGAAUGAAGAAAGUCUCCAGCCAGAGCUUCUGGACACAUGGGGGUGGCGGAGGAUUCAUCAGUCCAGGCAUCAUUGGGGGAGGAGCGGCUGGCGGAAUAGCAGGUGGUGUCAUCGGUGGUGCAGCAGGUGGUGUGGCAGGUGGCGUCAUCGGUGGUGCAGCAGGUGGCGUGGCAAGUGGUGUCGGCGGUAGCUUGGCUGGCGGCGUUGUUGGAGGAAUAAAGUCGUUUAAUAACUGGCCGCAACAACAACAGUUGCUACAACCGGUACUUGGAUGAUGCGGUUUCAGCAAGAGGAGUCCGUGAGAGGUCCCAUGAAUGUGAUUAAUGCACGGAAAUACACUAUGAAGUAUAA